GUAUGGUUACCUCACUUGGGAAUGGAAGGAAGGUCUACGGAGCAUUUUGUAUCCCGGUGCCCUUGCCUGCUUGUACAAGGUGUUGGCUGUCUUUAGUUUGGAUUAUCCUUUGUUAUUGAUUCACAUGCCUAGAGUGCUUCAUGCUUGUGCAUUUGCUGUUGGAGAUUUCUUCACUUGGAAAUUGUCACAGAAACUUUACAACAAGGAUGCAGCCCACUGGACCUAUGUGUGCCUGAUGUCAUCCUGGUUCUUGGAGUACUGUGCCCCUCGAACUCUCACUUCAUGCAUGGAAAUGGUUUUGACAUCCGUUGCCCUCUGGUUUUAUCCAUGGAAGAGUAAAAGAGAGAGUUGCAGUGUUAGUUACCUGUGGCUUGUUGGCAUCUCCUGCAUAUUGCGACCAACAUCUGCUGUCCUUUUUGUCCCUCUGUGUUUGCAUCAUGUCUGGGCUUCCAGUCGUCGACUUUGGCUCACAGUCAAGUUCAGUGCCAUUAUAUUUGCAGUCUUGGCCCUCUCAAUUGGCUUGGACUCCUGGUAUUAUGGACAACUUGUGGUUGUUCCAUGGCGCUUUGCCCACUUCAACAUCGCAUCUGGAUUGGCAGCACACUAUGGCACCCAUCCUUGGCACUGGUACCUGACACAAGGCCUUCCAGCCACCUUGACGGUUCAUAUUGUGCCCUUUCUCUUAGGAACUGCGUGUCACUCAAGGAGACACAAGCAUCUGCUGCCACUUUGCGUCUGGUCAAUUUUUGUGUAUAGCUGUCUUGGACACAAGGAGUUCCGAUUCCUGUUGCCGGUUCUUCCUCUCUGCUUGUGUAUUGCAGGUGACUAUAUUGCAGUCACAAUUGCUAACCUAUCAAAGAAGAAAGACCUAUCAUCUAAGCAAUGGAGUCUCAUAGUGGCUGCAUCAUUAUGGAUUCCAAACAUUUUAGCCAUGAUAUAUCUUGGUCUGUUCCACCAAAGGGGACCCCUGGACACCAUGACUGUUAUAGAACAGGAGUUGAACACUGUAAAAGAACCAGACGUGCUAUUCCUCAUGCCUUGCCAUUCCACACCUUAUUAUGGACACUUGCAUAGAAAUAUAUCAAUGAGAUUCUUGACCUGUGAACCAAAUCUGAAACAUCAAGAGAAUUAUGCUGACGAAGCAGACAUCUUUGAAAGGAACCCCAUGUCUUGGCUGCAACAAGAGUACAAAAGUAUUACAACACAGGAUUCCAAUAUCAGUCAGCACAAAUUGCAUGAGGGAAAAAGGAAUUCACUAGGCAAGGGUUUUCCUUCACAUGUGGUUUUAUUUGAUGUUUUAGUUGACAGGGUUUAUGAUUUUCUCAGUGGAAAUGGAUUUCAGAAAUGCCAUGAGAUAUUUCAUGCCCAUGUUGAAGAUGGGAGAAGAGGGAGAUUUAUCCAUAUCUACUGCAGAGUGUAAGUGAUGGAAUCAAUUGCUUAAUUUAUUUAUUCAUUCAAACUAUAGAUGUACAUCUGCAUAUAUAUAUAUGCUCAUAUACACACACACAGGUAUAUUAUCAUCAUUGGGGGUCUAUAGUGAACCUCCAAGCAGGCCCUUGGCCCAUUUCCAGCUCCUCACAACAGAUAUAGCUGCCCAAACCAUAACCUCCUAGAUCUUCCCACAGGCCUCCUCCACUCAGGAUUGUUUUACAAAGAGGCCCCCUGAUGUGCAGGGUCAUCUACAGGGAAACGAGCUAGGUGCCCACAUAGUCUGAGCUGAUGAUCCUGUAUUAUGCAAGUAACAGGUCCCAUGCUGGUCUCGCAGUGUAGCCGUCAGUUGAACACAUCGUCCUGUCAAUUGUACCCCAUGCCUUGGCAUAGGGACUUGUUGCAAAAGGCAUCAAGACAAGACUCCAAGGCACUUGAUAGCAUCCAGGUUUCACUUCCAUAGAGCAAAACUGGCAAUGUCAAGGCCUUGAAGACUUGGAUCUUAGUCCUUCUGCAUGGGUACCAACAUCUCCAAAUGCUCCUUGUUGAUUGAGCUCAUGGCUCCUGCUCCUGCUGCUCCUACUGACCUCUUGGUCUGACAACCCUGAGACAUUGACUACACUACCUAGGUAUGUAAAGCUCUCUGUGACUUCAACGUCCUCACCACAAGCAUGUAUCAACUAAACAGAUUCCCCUAACAGGCCUCCAAAAUACUGAAUCUUGGUCUUGGUUCAGGAAACCUCUGGGCCCAAGGGCUUUGCAUCAUUGCUGAAUGCAAUUAAGAGCUGUCAUGAGUGAUUCCAGAGACUCAGAUAGGAUAGCAACAUCAUCGACAAAGUCAAGGUCGGUGACCUUGAUAUUUCUCCACAUUGACUUUGGAUCAAAGCUCUGCCCAUUAUCCAGUCCAUGUAAGUGUUGAAAAGUGUUGGUGCAAGGGCACAGCCUUACCUCACCCUUGAGUUAACCCAUUGCCACCGGGGAAAAUGCAGUACUCAUUUUUUAUAUUUUUGGGAAAUAUCUCUGUCCAUAGAUGGCUCUGCUAGUCCUGAUUUCACCUUUCCUUGAAUUGGCGGGAAAAAACGUAUUCUUACUAGUGCUAUAAAUAUAGAUGGUGUUAUUUUUAACAGUAAAUUAGGCUAACGUUAAAUAUUUUCAUAAAUCAAUGAAAAGGGUGAACGGGCGAGACAGGCAGUACUCGUAAUUGGCUCAUUGGUGACUUAGUACAAGUGUAUCCAUCUAUGUGUAAAAACAAUCAAACAAGUCAACUCACAGUGGGCAUGGCAUGUACGUACAUGCCAUCCCUGGCGGCAAUGGGUUGAGAGUGAAGAAGUUUGACAGACCCCCACUACACUUUACAGUAUUUUCAGUACCAGUAUAUAGGCUUGCUAUUAAACCAAUAAUCUCUGUUGAAAUUCCCCUAAGUCUCAGGAUCUUCCAUAGCGAUUCCUGAUGCACCAAGUCAAUUGCCUUCUUAAGGUUGAUGUAGGCUGCAAUCAGCCCACAACUAAACUCAUGACAGCAUUCCACAAUGGAUCAGAGUGCUAGGAUACAGUCUAUUGUGGACUUGCCAGGAGUGAAUCCAGACUGGUCAGGUCUCUGGUGCCUUAGUAAGUGGUCACAGAUCCAUUUCAGAGGAAUGUGGGUAAAAACCUUGCCUGGUAUACUGAGCGGUGUGAUGCCAUGGUAGUUGCUACAGUCCCAUCAAUCCCCUUUCCCCUUCCAGAGAGGGAUGACCAAACCCCUCAACAGGUCAGGGGGAAUGGGACUAGACUGCCAGAUGGGAGCACUGAUGCCAGGAGCCAGAAAUCUUCAAUCUCUGAGACCUACCAAAGUCCCGGAGAAGGAGGAUAAUCUCGCUACUGAGACCAGCUCCUGAGCCAUGGGGACUAACAGACAUCUUAUAGCCAUCUUGAUCAUAGCUGGAUUCUGUAUUGAAACCACUCAGUACAAUGUAAAUAUCUUGCCUGGGGCAUUUGUCUACUGCAGAUGUGAGUUUGGCCUAGAACACCUGUUUCUCUUCAAGGUUACAAACAUUGGUAGGGGCAUACAUGGCAAUAAGAGACACAAAACCAUACUUCAGUCACAAUGCCAUAAUACGCUGAUCAACCAGUGUUACCUCUACUACUGACGUUUGAAGUCCACUGGAGAUGGUGACCAUUGCCCCAGCCCAACCAGUAGUAGGCGUACCUACCCAUUCUGAUCGUGUUGGUGCCUGGUCUUUUCACCUCCAAGAGGGCAGCCACCUCAACUCCCAACCGCUUCAGUUCCCACGAUAACUACUCAUCCUGCUGCAAGAACUAGAUGUUCCAAGCUCCUAUCCGGACAGCACGCCUGAGGUUAAGCCUUAGGCAUUUGCUCAUACAAAGGGGGGCGGUAGGCUGUGGGGCCCAAUGUCUGCCUGCAAGUUGCCAAUUUACAUGGGUGGCUACAAUGAGGCACUGCAGAAGUAUUGAUGAUAGAGAGGCUAUGAACUGGCAGAGGAAGCUUAUGCAUAGUUGCUCCCUUUUUCACAUUAUGCUAACCAGCAAUGGCAGCUGUAAGCAAUAAGGCAUGCAAGCACUUAACAAUAUCUAGGCUACCAUACCAUCACUUUACAUUACCCUGAGCAUAAAGCAUAUACACUGCAGAUCUAGAAAAUAUUGCAAAGGUACAUGGGGUUUGGUAUGUGGGGGUAUCCAGAAUGGAAUAUUUUAUAUUGUUUUUUUUAGAACAUUUCUAUUUGUUUCAGUAAUUUGAGCAUAUGGAUACAUGAGAGAUUUAUUCUAUAUACUGUAGUUUUAAGGAGUAGCAAGAGGCAUUUGCUGGAAAAGGGGUUGGGAAAUGCUAUGCCUUUUUCCCUGAAGAUGUGUCACAAUGUGCAUAAGAACAUACACACACAAAAAGGGAUGGCAUAGACACUGUAUAGGUAAAGCUAUACAGAUUUGUUUCUACAUCUUGUAUUUGCUCAAAGUGAUAAUGUGUAAAACCAAAGAAAAGACAAUUAUUGAUAUCCUUCUUUAAGUAUUCAGUUUGGAUAAACAAAAUAUAUCAUAACUAUCAGGGCAAUGAUUUUAUAAUCACAUUUAUUUCAAUAAAUAUAUUUGUAUGCUGUUAACAAGUCAUUCCAGCACCAAAGUGAUUAUAAUGCAAAUGCAGUCCUUUCAGAAAAUUUUAGAGUAACCAGAAGAUAUGUAAUAAAAGACAAUACAGGCAGUUUUAACUCAGUAAUACUGAGGUAGCAUGAUAUACAUGCCAUGUACACUGUGGUUUUACUUUAUUAAUUUUUUUUACACAUAGAUGGCUUAACAAGUGUUUUUUUCACCAUGAAGUUAAUUAUAAAUAUAUCACAUGUUUACCUAUCUUGAUAUCCUGGGAAGUCCCCCCCCACCUUAUUGCAGAUAGUAUUGUUAAUAAUAUUAUGAUAAUCAUAAUGUCAGUAAUAAUAAAAACAGUACUGACAUUAUUAGUAUUACAAAAAAAUGUUUUUCCAGAAAAAUCAAGAAAUGAGAUAAUCGGUUGCAGUUACAUAGGGCCUACUCAUUGACUCUUUGGCAGCAGAAUACUUGUGGAGCCAUCUUUGUGCAAAUAAAAGAUAAAUUAGUAUAAGAAUGGUUAGUUUAGUGUUUGAUUCACUACUAUUUCACUAUUUUAUGUCGGGGUCUAACAGUAUGGAAGGCUUAUUGUCACAGCCACCCUUCAUAUCAAGCCACAAGGAACCUUCUUGGCU